AUGGAAUUAAAUGACACCAUCUCCCAAAAAAUAUGGGACGGUUCGAUUCCUGUCUCUUUUUGUAUUUCUCCUAGUGAAAUAACUCAUGAACUUCCACCACCCCCUCCUCCCUUCCUUAUGUUGGUCCCACGGGUCACGUAUUUUGCACUUGUAUUGGAGAAGGCAAUUCCACAAUUUUAUAUCUACCUUCAAUCGAAUUCACGGGUUUCUGACACACAUCCUCGCUCUGAUUCCAACGACGACUCUUCACCUGCGCACUCUGCCGAGGAAUCACAUCCUACCAGGAAGGAAGUGGAUUAUUGGCUAUCCUACGACGGCGUUCCACUUAAAUGGCAAGAAUAUCCAACCGACAUUCUGCUUGCACCUCCGGUCUCCCGUUCCGCUGUUGAGGCCGUCUUCAUAGCUACUUUGAAGGAGGCGGACCAGCUGAAGCAUCGAGGUCGUGGAGGUCUUGGACCGAUCUUCGACGGAUUACUUCCAGCAGAACAGCACCGACUGUGGAACGGUCUUCUGCAGCAUCGCUUCGACGUCUUCUGGUCUAUUAAUAAACGUUUCAUGCUGGGCGCUCCUGCUCCUAUCAGACCACUACCUCAAUCAGAUCCUCUCACAGACUCCACUGGUGACGACACUGAGAAUAGCCAAACCACUCGAAUUUUCGCUGAGGAUGCAGCAGCUCUGAUGGUUGCAACCGGUGCAAUGAAAGCAUUUCGACACUGCCCCUUUCGUUUGUACUUUUCCCCUCAUACCUUCGACACUUCGCCUCCCACCAUGACCUACCUCCAGACUCUUGUGUCUCCCUUCUCUGAGGUAGAUGGAACUCCAGUCACAUUCUUUGAUGUGAUUACCACCCUCCUCAAGUGCAGUAAUGUUCAGCUUCGUGCUGAAGAUUUCAUCUUUUUGGUGCACGGUGUGGAAGUGCCAUCAGAGACGCCGGCUCAAUGGAUGUGUGAAUGGAUGGCCUACCCAGAUAACUUCGUGCAUGUAGUGGCGUGCAAACGUCAAGAAUAA